AUGACCAUCAAGAUGAUGAAAGCUGAGAAGAAAUUAAAAUUAAUAUCGCUGACAUCGUCAAGCUCGAUCCUUCAUGCAACUCAUCAUUUCAAAUGGCUUAACAUUCCAACCAAAAUUAACAAGGAUAUUGUUGAAAUCAUUAUCCCAGUUGAGCUGAUCAAGAAAGGAGACAAAGUGUGUUCCAAUAAAGUUGUCCUCCUUGCCAAACUUGGGCUUGUGGUUCUCUCUGUAAGUGACAUCGGAUCUAUCUUCAACCCAGAGGUGCUCAACCUCAUUGAGGAUGAUCUUAUUGAUAAGUUUGUAGCUGGUGUUUCUAUGGUUGCUUUGCUGUCUUUGGCACUCUCUUAUCUAAUUCUUGCAGCUACGCCCCACAUGUUUGUCGAUGCCUCUAAGAACGUUAUUGCUUUUGCUGUCAACACUGAAUACACCCUCAUACAAGGUGAAUGA